CCUAUAUGCAAAUCAGUUACAGUAGCCAUUGUUAGUGUGUUUUGUUAGCUGACUAUGUUUAAGUGUAGCAGUGUGUAAUGGGCUCUGGAGUGAAAAGUUCUUAGCUUUCCUGUGUGGCUAAUUUCAACCAUAAUCCAGUUUACUGGAUGGCCAUCUCUAUGCUCAUCAUCAAUGCCAUUAUAGCAGUGCCUCCCAGCAGCAGCACCACCAACACUAUCAACUCAUCACCUGUAAUUUUCACUGGGUGGAAUAGAAGCAACGACAACAACUCCACCCCCUAGCUUCAACAGUCAAAAAGUACAAUGCACUUUAAGAAAGCACAAAACAAACAGAAAACCAAGAACCCCAUUCACAACUUCUCAACUAUUAUCACUUGAGCGAAAAUUUCGACAGAAGCAGUAUUUAUCAAUUGCAGAGCGGGCAGAAUUCUCGGCAUCAUUGAGCUUAACAGAAACGCAAGUGAAAAUCUGGUUUCAAAAUCGACGUGCGAAAGCAAAGCGACUUCAGGAAGCAGAGUUAGAGAAACUAAAGAUGGCAGCGAAACCGAUGUUAUCCGGCGCAUUAGGUUUACCGUUCCCAGCCGCAACUUAUUACACACACAGCCAUCUUCACAGAGCACAGAUUCCUUUUCAUAUCCCAGCGUACACUUAUCUUCCGGGCCCUACUCCGUCAGCAGGUAUAGUGUUCCCCUAUAACACAGGGGGAUACUAAAACGAACAUUUUCAGACAAUUUUAAAAGAGAGUAUUAAUUUAUUAUCAUUAUUGUUUCUAUCGAAGUCAGCCCAUCGAAGAGUAGUAGCCUAUUGUCCGUCCGAACCUCUCCAAGUUCAUCACGUCCUAUUUUUUGAAUAAAAUCGGAUUGUCCAGGCAGAUAUCAAAAUUAUUCAAUGAGUUACCGGGCCAGAAGCAGCCAUGGAGGCAGGUCAAAGAACGCGUGCAUAUGGACUUCAUCUCACAUACUCACGACUACCCUCCCACCGAUUAUGAAAACUAUGUAAAUAAUAUAUAGGUAAAAAAAUGUAAAUAAUAUUCAAUGUAGAAUAUAUAUUGAAAAUGUAAUGAUUAGUUGUGUAUAUGUUUCUGUAAGAUUGCCAAAAGAAAGCGUGUUUAGGUGCUUUUUGUAUGUAAAAUAUGACGAAAAACAGGGUAUUUAAAUGAAGGUUUAAAUUAAAAAGGUUUGAAGAAAUUCCUGCUAUUUUCUCGAAUAGCAAUAUAUGCUGCCGUCUUUAUUGAAAUAAACAGAACAAAUUUGAGGAGGAGUUACUGAAAUUGUAUCGUGUCUAUAGCACAUUCUCCAUUUUAUUCCAGAGAUCUACAAUAUAGAACCAUUGAGGAAACUAACUCCUCCAUGGUAGAACCAUUCAAUACACAAUUUAAUAUAAUUUAGAAUAUUUAGUAUCAAUAGAUUUUAUCUCAUUUACAAUUAAUAAUAAGUACCGUACUUUUCUAUGCUUAUAUUUAUCUCAAUUAUAAUUACUUUUUUUUCAUGAAUCUGUUAUCUGGAACAAAUUGGAAAAUGUUUAAUUUUAUCAGAAAUCAUUAUUUAUAAAGUUUCUAUCCAUUCUAAUGCAUCAUUUGUCUUUACAAGAGAUUGAAGAUGAGUCUCGUGUAAUUUGAUUUGUUUCAACGAAUGUCACUUGUAUUUAGACAAACAUAGCUUUUAUGCGUAUGACCCUUUUUUGAAGUUUACCAUUAAGUUAAAUGUUAACUAAAUUACAUGACCGUUAGUCGAAUUUCCGCUCGUCAAUUAACAAGAACGAAAGCCUCCUUUGUGUAUAAUGACUUUUUUCGAAGUUAACAUUGUGUUAAGUUAAUCAUUAACUAAACAAUAUUACCGUCCUAUUUUCUUAUUUUAUUGAUAAUAUAUGUUUGAAUUAAAAUUCUAUCUGCACAUCACUCGGAACAGAAAUUUGCUUGAGUAAAAGAAAAUCGAGUCAUCACUAAUAGUAUCUGAUAGAUGACAUUAUUGUAGAACCAUCCAACCAAUACUAAUCGGUAGUUGCAAAUCUGAGUAGCACGCAGAUUUUGUUGGAAAAUGCUUAAAGCCUAGGCCUAUGUAUAUAUUUUCUGGCGACGAGAAGCCACUCAACGCUUAAGUGUUGAGGAAAGACCUCAAUUACCAAUUGAGCCGAUUUCCCACUCGUUUAUUAAGCGGUCCUCAAUCCGUUCACUUGAACGCCACAAGUGUUUCUUAUGAUUGAUGCCUGUUUACAAAACAAUUUUGUCGAUGAUUAUCUUUACAUAGUCAAAUUACCGUUGCUCAUCAAUCAGUAAUUGUAAUUGUAGAUUAAUACGAUUACUUGUUGUCAAGUGCAUGAACGAAGUUUUCCUCAACUAGUCCUGAUAAAUAUCGAUUAACAAAUCAAGAACUUGGACUACCGUUGAUGCUAUAGAUUAAAUAAUUUCACAAAUCGAUUUUUUAAUUGCGUAGUAAAAUAACAUUACGACUAAGUAAGUUUCGUAUUAUAAUACUGUAAACAGUUAAAGUAAUGAAGCUUCUUAUUUUAAAUUAAAGAUCGACAAAACACCGUAGAUCUUAUUCUAUUAAAACACUCCAAAAAUAGAUCGGGGCCUAAUAAGUGACGAAUUAAACGGAAAAUGUUGCUACGGACGUAAUAAUUUUAAGUAAAAAAUAUAAACGGGUUGAUUAUCCCUCCGAAAGAAAGGAAAAAAUGACCGACAAUCAAUGUUGAUUAUUAUUAAUCUAUUUUGUUGCUGAAUUUCAUAUUAUUAUUAAUAUGACGUACGACUUUAUUGUGUAUACGUAUUGUGACUUGUGCAAAAGGUUCAAGAAGUUUCUUUGUAAAUUUAUUUAAGACAAAUGUUCAUUAAAAGAAAAAUGAGCUAUGAAUUA